CCGUCGUUGUUAAUAAAGAAAACAGGGCUGUGGAUUUCCGGAACAACAGACAGGCUUGCGGAGGGAACAACAGCCCAGUGACCCGCCUGCACCGGCUCCAUUGUCUGUGUUUAUCUGUUCAUCUGCAGAGAUUCCAGUGAUCAUGUCUAAUCUGAACAUGUUAUUGAUGCUCCCACUUCUGUGUAGCAUCAGCUCUUCUACCGCGGUAUCCUCAGCCUCAGCAUCCCGGAAGUGUGAGGACAGCCUGGCCACCCCUCUGCCCUACAGCUCCUUCACCAGCUCAUCAGUGCUUGGUCGAGGACAUGGAGCUGGUUAUGGUAAACUCCAUCGGAAACAAGGUGCUGGAGGCUGGUCACCAUUGGAUACAGACCAUUAUCAGUGGUUACAGGUAGACCUGGGUUUAAGGAAACAGGUGGUUGCCAUAGCAACCCAAGGACGUUACAGCAGUUCUGACUGGACAACCAAGUAUCGGCUGCUUUACAGUGACACACAGAAAAACUGGAGACCCUACCUACAAGAUGGAAAUAUCAUGACUUUUGAGGGGAAUGUGAACAGUGAGGGUGUGGUUCGCUAUGAGCUGCAGCAUCCAAUUUUGGCACGCUACAUCCGCCUCAUCCCACUGGAGUGGAGCAAGGAGGGACGCAUUGGAGUACGACUGGAGCUUUAUGGCUGUUCAUACUGGGCUGAUGUGAUCAGUUUUGAUGGCAGCAGCAUUAUCUCCUACCGAUUCAGGAGCAAGAAGCUAAAGAUUGUAAAGGAUGUUAUCUCUCUGAAGUUUCGAACCACAGCUGGAGAUGGAGUCCUGCUCCAUGGAGAAGGACAGCAGGGAGACUACAUCUCUCUGGAACUCCGCAGAGCAAGACUGCAGCUCAGCAUCAACCUAGGCAGUAAUCAGUACGGCUCCAUACAAGGACACACCUCUGUGACCAGUGGGAGUUUACUCGAUGAUGACCACUGGCACUCAGUUGUGAUUGAGCGUUACCGCAGGAAUGUCAACUUCACUUUAGAUCAUCACACUCAGCAAUUUAGAACCAAUGGAGAGUUUGACCAUCUGGAUCUGGACUAUGAGAUCAGUUUUGGAGGACUCCCUAUAUCAGCCAAACCAAACUCAGGAGGACGAGAAAACUUUGUGGGCUGCAUGGAGGGAAUCACCUAUAAUGGAGACAACAUUACUAACCUGGUCCGCAGGAAGAAGGUGGACACAUCAAGCUUUCGUAAUCUGACUUUCUCAUGUGCUGAGUCCAACUCCUUCCCUGUUUUCUUCAACUCCACAUCCUUCCUGCGACUCCCGGGUCAGAGUGACAGCGACACUCUUUCAGUCAGUUUUUCUUUCAGGACGUGGAAUCCCAAUGGGAUGCUGAUGUUUACAGUUCUAGCUGAUGGCUGGGUGGAAGUCAGCUUAACAGAGGGAAAGGUUACAGUCUAUAUGAAUGUGACACAAAAGAAGAACACACGUAUAGACAUCUCAUCAGGUUCAGGUCUCAACGAUGGCCAGUGGCACAGUGUGCAUCUGAAUGCACUAGAGAACUAUGCAAUGCUAACAGUUGAUGGAGAUGAAGCAUCCACGGUCAGAACAGCCAUCCCCAUUCAGAUCCAGACUGGUGGGGCCUAUUACUUUGGAGGCUAUUUCCUCCACACUAACACCCGAUCACCUCAGCGCUCCUUCCAGGGCUGCAUGCAGAUGAUCCACAUAGAUGACCAUCUAGCUGACCUCAGGGCUGUGGAGCAGGGUCUCAUCGGAACCUUUGAAAAUGUCAGCCUGGAUAUGUGUGCUAUUGUAGACAGGUGUGUUCCAAACCACUGUGAGCAUGGUGGUCACUGCUCUCAGACUUGGGAUACGUUCAGUUGCAACUGCAGCGGCACUGGAUAUACUGGAGCAACAUGUCACACCUCCAUGUAUCAACAAUCAUGUGAGGAGUAUAAGAACCAGGGGAAGAGUUCAGGAAACUACUGGAUCGACCCAGAUGGCAGUGGAUCAGUUGCUCCCUUCAGAGUCAGCUGUGACAUGGAAGAAGAGAAGGUGUGGACCACACUGAAGAACAACCUGUCCCCUCAGACCUCAGUCUCUAGGGCCGAUCAGGAGGGCAAAGCAGUUCUGCAAAUCACUUACAAUGUCACUGAUGAACAGCUGUUGUCGGUGACUGGCAGUGCAGAGCACUGUGAACAGUACGUGGCCUAUGCUUGCCGAAUGUCUCGUCUGCUCCACACUCCAGAUGGUGUCCCACUUACCUGGUGGCUAGGAAGGGCCAAUGAGAAGCAUUCUUACUGGGGGGGUUCAGGACCAGGGAUCCAAAAAUGUUCUUGUGGUAUUGAACAUAACUGUACUGACCCCAAAUACUACUGCAACUGUGAUGCGGACUUGCGGACCUGGAGAGAGGAUGCAGGCCUGCUGGUGUACAAGGACCAUUUGCCUGUCAGACAGGUUGUGGUUGGUGAUACGGCACGACCUGGAUCAGAGGCCAAACUCACAGUAGGGCCACUCAGAUGCCAAGGAGACCGAAACUAUUGGAAUGCAGCAUCCUUCACUAGUCCUGCCUCCUACCUCCACUUCCUUUCCUUCAGAGGAGAGACCAGUAUUGACAUCUCAUUCUACUUUAAAACUUCCUCCACUCAUGGAGUUUUUCUGGAGAACAUAGGAACCAAUAAUUUCCUUCACAUUGAACUCAAAGGAGCAACAGUGGUGUCCUUCUCUUUCGAUGUGGGCGGUGAACUGGUGGAGCUCAGUGUUCGCUCACCAGUGCCUUUGAAUAACGACCAAUGGCAUCGUGUGGAGGCUGAGAAGAAUAUCAAAGAGGCAGUGCUGCAGUUGAAUGGACAGUACAGAGAUGUUAGAACCACUCCCCAGGGACACACCAAAAUGGAGUUCUACGGUCAACUGUUUGUUGGUGCCUCCAGUGGUCAGAGGGGUUUCCUGGGCUGUAUGCGUGCUCUGAAAAUAAAUGGUGUGACUUUUGACUUGGAAGAGAAGGCAAAGUUGACUCCAGGGGUAAAUCCGGGUUGCCAAGGCCAUUGCAACAGUUACGGUAUCCACUGCAGGAAUGGAGGAAAGUGUAUUGAGCAAUACAAUGGCUACACCUGUGAUUGUUCCCUCACUGCAUAUGAUGGACCCUUCUGUACAGAUGAUGUUGGAGGCUACUUUGAGACAGGAACUUUGGUACGUUAUGACUUUUUGCCGGAGGCGGGACCUAUUGCAAUGCAGGAGGUAAAGAGUCUGUCAGGUGUGGAGGUUCCCAGUGAAGCUAAUCUGACUCGGGAGGAGCUGGUGUUCAGCUUUAGUACCUCAAGCACUCCUAGCAUCCUGGUCUACAUCAGCUCCCGAACUCAGGACUAUCUGGCUGUGGUGCUCCGGCAUAAUGGCACCCUCCAGAUACGCUACUGCCUUGGGGGACUAACAGAACCCUAUACCAUAGAUGUUGACCACCGUAACAUGGCCAAUGGACAACCACAUUCGGUCAACAUAACAAGAAACCUGAGAGAGAUACGACUUCAGCUGGACCAUUACCCAGUGUCCACAUAUACCCUGCCUGAAGCCUCUGACACUCAGUUCAACUUGGUCAAAAGCAUCUUUCUUGGAAAGGUCUUUGAAACAGGACAGAUUGAUCCCAUCUUGAUUGAGCGGUACAACACACCAGGCUUUGUGGGCUGUCUUUCAAGAGUUCAGUUCAACAACGUGGCGCCUUUGAAGGCAGCACUGCGGUCGAGUUUAACAGCGCCUAUCAGCACCCAUGGGAUCCUGGUCCCUUCUAAUUGUGGAGCCUCACCCCUGACUAUCUCCCCAAUGGCUUCAGCCAGUGACCCAUGGCACUUGGAAGCUGCCGGAGUUGUUUUCCCCUUCAAUGAUGACAAGACCACUGGUGAUGGAGUGGAUCGUAACUCUGCCAUAAUUGGAGGUAUUAUUUCCAUGGUCAUCCUCACCGUAUUAUGCAUCAUGGUUUUUUUGAUCCGCCACAUGUUCCGCCACAAGGGGUCCUACCACACUAAUGAAGCAAAAGGAGCCGAAUCAGCGGACUGUGCCGAUGCAGCAAUCAUUGUCAGUGACCCAGCUUUCACUGAAACCAUCGAUGAAAGCAAGAAGGAGUGGUUCAUCUGAAUCCCCCACAAUGCAACAUGGACACCUGAUGUUAGGAUGUAUGUAGUUUUCUAAGAUAGCCAAUAGUAGUGAGGGGAUCACCUGUGGAAGCCUAAAGGAUGUGCUGAGUAUAUUUAAAGGUUUACCUAAAGCAUAAUGAACAAUGGACUCUAUGGCAGAACAACACUGGUUUUAAAGCACAGGGCUUUGUUUGCCCUGCAGAACAUAUGCGGACAAUUUCCAGGUUUAUUUUACUUUUACCAUAUACGGUGAGAUAGGAUGACAGCCUUCAGAUCAUUUAGAGGAUGGUGCCAUAAAGUCACAGGUCUUGUGACUACUUUUCAGAGUAUGAAUGUUCUAUAAUUAUUUUUUAAAAAAUAUUUGUUGUUUUAUAUCAUUUUGAAUUUGGUUUGAGUUUAACUUGUCGUUCAUUCAUCAUUUUUUUUGCUUUUUCUACUUUAUGAAGAUGGAUGUCUUUAUCAUAGUACACUUUUCACUAGAUGACGAUGAUAAUGUAUGAUUUUGCUGAUAGGCUCAAUAAUUUUGCACCCCUUACAAUGUAGCAAUUUGCAUCAGACAUUUAUUUAUUUAUUUGUUUGUUUGUUUGUUUGUUUGUUUAUUUAUUUAUUUAUUUAUUUAUUUAUUUAUUUAUUUAUUUAUUGCCGUGUCUAAAUUGAUUUUUAUAUUUUAAUUUAAUUACAAUUAUUACAAUUACAAUUAGCCCUGAACCUGACAACAUUUUCAUAUUUUUGUGUGCUCAUUGGUUUGCUUGUUUGUAAAGGAGACUUAGCAAUGACAUUGUCAUCAUUUGGGUUGAGAUUUGGGGAAAAGAGACACAUCAUGUGUCACCCAUACAGCAUUCUCUCUUGAUUAAAACUGAACAUUGAUUUGCAAGCUUGUAAUUAUUAAUAUUGACCUUUAUUAGCAGGGUCAAAACUAGGGAUGCACGGAUUUCAACAUUCUACCACUAUAGUUACUGAUAUUUUCAAUAACAAUUUGGCUUUAUUAUGUAAUUUAUAAUGAUGCUAUUUUUGUUUUGUUUUUUAUUUUUAUUGUAAUUUCCUUUGUGCCAGCAAAAUCUUGAUUGUAUAUAUAGGGGCGAAAAAUUAUGUAACACACACCCAAUGGUGAAAUUCUGUAUUUAAUGUCACCAAUAUUACCAAUAUUAGCAAAGAUCUGCCGAAGCCUAUGUUGGGUUAAUACAGUUACAAAAGCACACCCUCUUGGAAAUUUAUGAGUACAUCUGUGAGGAUUUAAUAAUCAUCUGCUCCUUACCUGAUUCUGAAAUUAUUUAAAUCAAACCUCUAGUGUACAACAUACAACACAUUUGACCAUAUCAUUAUUUAAAAAACUGAAGCCAAAAUGGGGGAAGCACUGCAUGAAAAAUAUGUACACAUACAUGGUUCAAUAGCAUGUAGAAGCACCUUUAGCAGCAAUAACUUGAAGAAAUCAUUUUCUGUAUGACUUGAUCGGUUUUUCAUAUUGUUGUGGAGGAAUAUUGGCCCACUUUUCUUCACAAUAUUGCUUCAGUUCAUCAAUGUUUGUGAACAAGUGUUCAUGUCUUAAAGUUCAACCACAGCAUUCAAUUUGGUUUCUUUUUUAGCUGUUAUGUCAUAGGUUUGCUGGUGUGCCUUGGGUCACUGUCCUGUUGCAUGACCCAUUUUUAACCACGCUCUUGCUAUUGGACAGAUGGGCUCACAUUUGACACCAGAAUACUGUAGUAAACACAGAAGGUCAUGGGCAACUCAAUAACUACCAGGUGUUCAGAUCAUGUGGCUCCUCAAAAUCAUUGUCUCUCCACCACUGUCCUUGUUUUUGCUGAUAUAUUUGUUUUUUGCCAAAAUUUGGCACUGUGUAUUAUGGCUAGGUCACGUUGGUUUUGUCUGUCCCAAGUACAUUGGUCCACCAGUUUAUGGUUUGGUCUGAUCCAACUUUGCAAACCUGAACUGUGAUACCUGUUCUUUAGAGAGAGCAGAGGCUUGUUCUUUGCAGCCCUUCCAAACAAGACAACAUGCUAUACUUGUACUUUCUAAUUGUACUGUUCGAACUUAAACAUGUAACAUGCUAUCUGAGGCCUGUAGUUUCUGAGCUGUAGCUACUGGGUUUUAGCAGUUUCUCUGAACAUUGGACAGUCUAUUUUUCCACCUGUAAAUAGUCUUUCUCCAUAUAAAAUGAUGGACUUGAGAUUAUUUUGAAACAUCUUUAGGAUGCUUCCCAGAUAAAGUGGCAAUAACAACUGGUCACUCUGGUGGUCACACUUGAUAAAUAAGUGGCAUUUGCUUAACGCGUGGCUGCUAAGUAACUCUCUUAAUUCCUAUUGUAGCAAUAAGAGUAUACCCAUUUUUCCACACACUUCUCUAUUUUAGCUUCAUAUUUAUUAAAUAAGUAAAAGUUGAUCUGGUGUGUGUUGUUGGCUAAGAAUGGAUUUAAGUGAUUUUAGUAUCUGCUCUGGAGCAGAUGCUUUUUUAUUAUGUCCUAGUAUGCAAAAUCAUGGAGUUCAAAGGGGGAGGGGGUUCUUUCCUUUACUUAUGACUGUAUAUCGGUGCAUCCCAAGCCACAACACAAUCAUCUCAAGACAAUUUGACUUUCGAUUUCUUUUGUUAUGGGUGAAAGAAGGCCGUAAUAUUUUCACUUCUCUGUCAUUGCACCAAGAUAAUGUGUCUUAGAUGUAUCUCUGUGCUGGAUGAGAAAUUGUGCAAGUGGGUAUAAAUGAAUACACUCAUCCCUUUAUUGGCUUGACAGUAAAAUGGAUGUAAAAAUUGUGGGAUUUUUUUUUUUUUUUAGAUUAUCUCAAAAACUACUAUCUGUAUAGUUUGUAUUCUGAGGGGGAAGAUUCACCAAUGUCAACAUUAUUAUGAAAAAUGACAUAAAAGCCCCUUUCUUCACUUGUUGAGCUUCAGACUUGGUGGGUUUAGAGUUCAAUGUCUUUCAUGGGAGUUGGGGACAUGUUAAAAAGUUAACUUCUUUCUUAAAGCAACACUGAAAAGACUCGAUUUUUUAAUUCCAUUGUCAAAUCAAAGUGACGCUGAAGUAGGAUGAUGUUUCUGGAAAGGAAUGUGUUUUUAUCCACAUAGAAAACUACAACUUACAUCAAGACAUUUGAUUGUAUUGCAUUUGUGUUUCUUUGAACUGCAGUGAAGGCAUGCUGUUUGAUACUGAAUGGACAUACAUUUCGAUGCUAUAAAACGAUAACAUCGUAUUGUUUAUUCAUGCCAUAGCCAUGUACUAAACAUUUGAUAACUGUUCUUUUUUUAGCUUGUCAUUCUUUGCGCUCUCCUCAUUGUCUCCAAAAAUAGGAUGCUUUCUGUUCGAUUAAUAAAAUAUGAAUUAUAACCCUGA